AUGCGCUACUCAGUGGCUUUCCUUGCGGCGGCCGCUGCCGUCGCGGCCCAUCCUGUCCAGCAGGGAUAUGCGCCGGGCAUGAUUGCCCGUGACCCCGAAGCGGGAGAUGGCACCCUCAAUGCUGCCCUCAUGGUUCGUACAAGGCAAUCUACAAACAAAGGCUGGCUAUUUGACACUAACCCUAAUCACAAAAAGGGCCGAGACGAAGAAUCCCGUGAUAAGAGCGAAUACAUCGUAGCCGAAGCCCGCUCUGACGAGAAACCUGUCAGAGCCACGUCCAAGGAAGAGAAAGCUGCACAUAAACAGAAGCUGAAGGAUGCGACGCAGUGUAAGCAGAGCAUCGAUGACGUGAAGGGGAAGCUCGACGACGCCAACCUGGAGUUUCCCGACGAGGAGAGGGCUCUCAUGAAGAAGCUGACGGCCGAGUCCGAGGCUGAGGAAAAGGAGAAGGUGAUUAAUGCCAAGGAUCAGAAGGAAAAGGCCGAAAAGGCCAAGGAGAAGGCUGAAAGGGCUAAGGAAGAGGCCAAGGAGAAGGCCAAGACGAAGAAGGAAAAGGCCAAGGAGAAGGCGAUCGAGAAGGCCAAGGAGAAGAAGAUCAAGGCCGAGGAGGAGAAGAUCAAGGCCGAUGAGAAGAAGAUCAAGGCCGAUGAGAAGAAGAUCGAGGCUGACACGAAGAAGAUCAAGCCCAAGAAACUCACCAAGGAAGAGUUGGACCAAAUCUUGGAGAAGAGGGAGCCUAACAAGAAGGAGAAGGAGAAGGCCAAGGAUGCUGCCAAGGAUGCUGCCAAGGAUGCCGCCAAAGACGCUGUCAAGAAGCACAAGGACGAUAAGUCUGAGAGAAAGUCGGAGAAGAAGACGGUGGUGAAGUCCGAGGAGAAGAUUGAUGAGAAGACUGUCACAAAGGACAAGAGGGGCGUUGACAAGAAGAAGAAGAAGAAGCCUUCCAAGGAGAAGGAGACUUCCAAGGAGAAGGAGACUCUCAAGGAGAAGGAGACUCCCAAGGAGAAGGAUGACAAAGACGCUGCCAAGGAGAAGGAAGCCGAUGCCAAGAAAGACAAGGCUGGUGAGAAGGAGGAGCCUUCCAAGGUGAAGGAGACUUCGAAGGAGAAGGAGACUUCGAAGGAGAAGGAGUCUUCCGAGGAGAAGGAAGCCGAUUCCAAGAAAGACAAGAGGGCAUUGUCUAAGAAGAAGAAGAAGCCUUCCAAGGAGAAGAAGCCUUCUAAGGAGAAGGAGACGUCCAAGGAGAAGGAAACUUCUAAGGAGAAGGAGACUCCCAAGGAGGACGAGCCUUCCAAGGACAAGGACAACAAGGACUCUGCCAAGGAGAAGGAAGCCGAUGCCAAGAAGGUCAAGGUCGAGGAGAAGGAGAAGGAGACUGUCUCCGAGAAGGACAAGUCUGACAAGAAGAAGGAUGCCUCCGAGACAGGAGAGGCUGUCGAUCUUAGAGACUUGAGGGUAAAAUUCCCUGCUCGAGACUUCGUCUGCGAUUGUGAGAACCAUUCUGACAGGGGGCACAAGGUUGUUCGUGGAGACCCCCUGGACGAGGACCAGAAGCCAUACGAAUCCAAGGUAAAACACCCUCCUCGCAACUCUAUCUACGCCUGUGAGAACCAUUCUGACAAGAGACACAAGGUUAUUCGUGAGGACCCUCCUGACAAGGGCCGUAAGUUCAUCCGUGAGGAUCCCCCCGACAAGGGCCGCAAGUUCAUCCGUGAGGAUCCCCCCGACAAGGGACGCAAGUUCAUUCGCGAAGACCCCCCCGACAAGGGCCGCAAGUUCAUCCGUGAGGACCCUCCUGACAAGGGCCGCAAGUUCAUCCGUGAGGAUCCCCCCGAUAAGGGACGCAAGUUCAUUCGCGAAGACCCUCCCGACAAGGGACGCAAGUUCAUCCGUGAGGACCCUCCUGACAAGGGCCGCAAGGUGAUGCGCUUCUUUUAA